UAUGUGAUGGGAUCCAACCAAUAAUGAUACAAGCGGCGGGAGCGCAGUAUCCAAUGUUCCUCAGACUCUAGUCUAGACAUCAGUUGUGAGUUUUAUCUGAAGCGAGGCGGUUCAUCAGACUUUAUCGAGUGCAUAAUAUAUAGUAAUAACAUAACUGUUGCAGCAGUAACUGAGGAAUAUGAGUGGUUUGGAUGAACCAUGUGGAAUCCAAGUGGUGAAGGUGAAAGAUGACCACACGUACAAGCUGGACGAGGGUGCGCUGAAGGAGAUCCUGCUGCGCGAGGAUGUGAAAGACCUGCCCGUGGUGCUGGUGAGCGUGGCUGGGGCCUACCGUGGCGGCAAGUCCUUCCUGCUCGACUUCUUCAUUAAAUACCUCAGCGCACCGGAAUCUCUUCGUAACAGCGGUCAGUGGUUAGGAGAUGAAAACGAACCUCUCAGUGGAUUCCGAUGGCGAGGAGGCUGCGAUCGCGAAACCACAGGCUUACAUCUUUGGUCUGAGCCCAUCAAAAUCCUUUACAAGGGACAACCGGUGGUGGUGUUGCUGAUGGACACGCAGGGCACGUUCGACAGCAGCAGCACGGUGCGCGACUGCUCCACCAUCUUCGCGCUCUCCACGCUGCUCAGCUCCGUGCAGAUAUACAACCUCAAGGAGAACAUCAAGGAGGACGACUUGCAGCAUCUACACCUAUUCGUGGAGUACGGCAAACUCGCUCAGGAUCAGGAGACAGCGUUCCAGGUGCUGAUGUUCCUCGUGCGUGACUGGCCUUACCCUUACCAGCAUGCCUACGGAGCUGUGGGCGGCGAGCAGCUGCUGGCCAAGAGGCUUGAGAUCAAUGCCAGUCACACUGAAGACAUGAGAGACCUGCGAAAAAGCAUUUACACGUUCUUCAAUGCCGUCAAGGGUUUUCUGAUGCCCCACCCCGGCUUCUCAGUUUCAGAGGAAAAGUUCGAUGGGCGUUUAUUCAGCAUUCGCGACGAAUUUAAAAAAUCGCUUCUUGAUUUGGUGCCAUCUAUAUUUGGACCCGAAAAUUUAACACCCAAAAAUAUCAACGGACAGCCCGUCAAAUGCUGCGAUCUCUUUUAUUACUUCAAAACCUACAUGAACAUCUUCAACAGUAACGAGCUGCCUGAACCUGUCACUAUUAUGAAGGCAACGUCCGAGGCGGCUUUAAUGGCGGCGGAGCGAGAGGCGUGCGACAUGUACUCGCGUGUGAUGGAGGGGAGCUGUGGCGCGCGACAGCCCAGUGUAAGCGCCAACCAGCUGCGCAGCUCGCACGCGCACGCGCUAGACUGUGCGCGAAAAGCAUUCGACGCCAGGAAGAAGAUGGGGCCGCAGAAGGAGAUCGAUGACUGUUUCGCUAGAAUUAUCAAUGAUUUGGAAUCACGAUUGGCCUCCUACGAGGCACUAAAUGACGCCAAAUUUAAAAGCGCCAUUGCUAACGCGAACAAAGCGUAUGAGGAUACCGUCCAGGAGGUGUGCGGAGAUGCGGUGUUGUGCUUACAUCCGACAGACUUGGAAGUGCUGCACCUGAAGGCAGUUACCAAUGGGACCGAGUGUUUCGAUUCACUUCACAAUUCAUCAGACGACGAGGAACGAAAUGCGUUUUUGGAGAGAUUAGAAGGCAAUAUCAAAGACUUGCGCAACAAGAACGAACAGAAUAACCUGGGCUUUAUAAUGAAGGCGCAAGAAGACUAUGUUAUGUAUAUUGCGAACUCGGUCGAUGUCGGCUCUUUCUUCAGCGAGUCGCUGCUAAACAAGAAGCACUCCGAAGCCAAGCAGCACGCGCUGCACUCAUUCAGAUCCCACCGCAACAUCGACAACGACGAGCCAGAAGAUCCUUAUAUAGAAAUGCUGGAGAAGAACAUUAAGGAGCAUCACAGCAAAAACACGCUGAUCAACAGAAACGCGAACAGAACGGCUGUGCAAGCAGCCCAACAUGCCUACAACAAUCACGUGGCGAGAAUGUGGAGCCCGGAAGUGUACUGUUUGCACCCAGAUGACCUGUGUAAGGUGAACCAGGACGCCAAGAACGCAGCGCUCGAAGAUUUCAUGUCCAACAGAAUCGCAGGAGACGACGAUGACGAAGAUCCCGAUAGAAAGAAACUGAUCGAGAGUUUGGAACGCCGUUACAAUGAACUGCGAGACAUAAAUGAAUCCAAUAACAAAAGAGCAGCGGAGGAAGCCUACAAUCAUUAUUGUAGAAAAAUGGAGACCAAUUGUAAGCCGUCUCUACUUUCGAUUCUCAUCGUGCCGUGGAUUAUAAAAGUCCUCAAACAAUUCCCAGACUUCCAUGAAAAUGCUAAAUCGGGGGCGAUUAAUGUUUUCAAGUCGCGUCGACGUCAUCUUGGCAGCCAUUCCAGGGACGAGCACCUCAACAGACUUAUAAACAGAUUAGACCAAGGAUACGAAGAGUACUGCAACCCUCUAAAGGCACUCGCGAGAGAGUUUGGCCUGCCAGUAUAAGAAGCCAUAACCUUUUUAGUAUGAAAUAAAAUAUUUUAACCGUACACGUAACGUAUAGAAGCUAUUAGACCCACACAUGUUAAUAGGAUAUUAUUGGAGUUAAUGAAAUAAGUAAUCGAUUACAACGACGUUAAGCAACAUAAUAAAAAUAUGAAAUAUCUGAUUUCUGACAAAUAGUAGAAAUACUAAGUAAGUAAUUACUCUGAGGUGAUUACUUAGCACAUGAUCGUUUCAUUUGGAGUUGACGUAAAGUUGUUUCUGGAUUUUAUUGUUAAAUAUUGACAUUAUUGUUUAAAUCAGAUUUGAUCCCGGCAUUAUUCGCCUGCUGAUGGAGGAAAACGUGUUGAUGCAACGGCUGUUCAUUAAUGACUCAUUAAUUACUUGUUUAAGACUGAAACUUUUCAACAUAAAUGUGACAUUGAUAAAACAUAAAGAAACAAUGUAAAUACAUAAAGUUGUUUGUAUUUAUAUGCAUGUCGUGUACGCCUUACAUUGUAACGACAUUUAGCUUUAGAUUAUUAUUAACGUUGUUAUUGUAAUGAAUUAUAUGUUAAUGUACGUAACGUUUGCGUUACCAAAUAAAUAAACACUACAUAAUAAUUAUUGAUGGAUUCUAACAAUUGUGUGUUGAACUGUAUGUGGAUGUUAUGUUGUAAUUACUGAUUAGAUACUUCUGACGCAUUUAAAGGACCAUAAUAUAAUUAAAAUAAAAUUUUAUAUUAUCUUUA